CGAAGAAUCGUCAUUCAAAAUAUUAUUUAAAUAUUUAAACUAUAAUUGUAUAAUGUUCAAAAAUAUAGCAUUGUGAUUAAAAGAAAAAAUAUUUCGAGGAGAAACGAGCAAACAAUUAAGCUCUGUCGAACAAGAAGAAGUUGCUGAACACAUAACUGAAGAGUCAGUUACGACAAGUGAAAAUAAUGCAUCUGGAAUGGGGGAAAUGACUGAGAAUAUACUUGAUCAAACAAGUCUAGUAACAGAAUCUACAGAAGAGAUAGAAGUAUUUAAUGAAGAUACAUUGCAGUAUAGUGAAGAGACUGAAAAUAUUUUUAAUUUUACAAAUUUAGAAGAAUCAACAUUUGCUAAAAUAGAAGAUAAAACAAAACAACUCGAUUAUGAUUCAUUUUUAAAUGAUGAAAUGGUAACAGAAACAGUUACCAGUAGUAACGUUAAGCCUGUGAUGGACGAAAGUAUAGAUUACAUUACAAGUCACAAUGAAAAUACAAAAGAAAAGCAUUUAACUUAUUCAUAUGAAGAAGAAAUUAGUUCGAAAUAUUCACAAUUGAAAAUGACUCAAGCAACCUCAGAGUUAUUUCAAGAAGAAACAUCUAAACAAAUUAAUACGCAUUUAAAUGAUCAGUUACACCAAAAAAUGUCUCCAAUAACACCAAUUCAGGUCUCUGUGUUGCCUAUGAAAAAUAAUUUUAUGACUGGUUUAUCCCAAAAUAUUUCCACCAAUCUAUACACAUUAGAAAGCAUGGGAGUAACUCUAACGCAACAAGAAUCAACAACCACCAACAUUGAAAGUAGUUUAAGCAAUUUUAAAAUUAUAACAAUCAAUCCUGUUGAAAUAAAUACAAUAUCAAACAAACAGGAACAUCAUGAAACCGUUAAUGAAAAUGAAAUUCAAAGUAUUAAUGUUCCUAAUGAAGAAGAGGAAUAUGUAAAUUCCGAAAUAAGUACAUCGGAAGCUGUUAAAGAAACUGGAACAUCUGUAACAGAAUUUACUCACCACCUAAGUGAAAUCGAAACGCAGGCAAUUCACACCUCUGUAAAGCAAAAAGAAUUAGAAAUCGAAAAUGUAACUAAAAUUGCUUCUAGAGAAAGUUUGGAACCUGGAGAAUUUCAAACGACUGCAUAUAAUAGAGGAGAAAAUAAAAUUUUUAACAACCAAGAAAUUCAUAGUCCUAAAUCUACCGAAAUUUCUAGACCUUUUGAAUAUUCUUCCUCGAAAGUUUUUCCUUUGAAUACCACUACAAAAGAGAAUUAUAAAUAUGAGAAAUAUCAAACAACUGAAAGUAAGUCAGAAGGUACGGAAAAUGAGACUGUAAAAAGUGUUGCGAAUGAAAGUGAAAAUUAUUUAAAAACUAUUAUAACCCAGUACCACAAGAGCAGUGAAUAUAGUGGAACGGAAGAAUUCCGAACUAUUGAAAGCAAUACAGAAGUUGGGACAUAUACCGAGUGGCAGAAAAAUGGUAUAACAGAAUUUUCCAUGACAAAAGAACAUACUGGCGGCAAAGAAUUAGCAUCGCCACAAAUUGGGUUAUCUGAAAAAAAUUAUGAACAACAACCACAAAGUUUUGAACAUAGUGAACAACCCACAGUAAAAGAACAUAAUCAAAUACAUGUUGAAAAUGAAGAAAUAUAUACAAGUGAAAAUUAUAAAAAAGUUCAGGAAAAUAUGUCUGUAAAGGAGUACUACCCAUUAAAUACUAAAGAAUAUCAGAAGACUGCUACUGAAGCUGAAACAUUCACAAAGGAAGAAAAAAUUAAAACUGAGAUACAUCACCCUGAGGAAUAUCAGUCAAAAAAUGAAGAAUAUUCAGCAUCUUUUGAAUAUUCGAAACCAAUCAAAUUUAUUGCUACCGGAAAGAUCCUUGAAGAAAUUACAGAAGGAAAAAUAAUUCACAAUAAUCCGUCUGUAACUUGGUACGGCAAAUCAAUACCAGCAGUUGUUCAGGAAAUUAGUGAGAGUACUGAAAGAAGGUUUGAAGAAUAUGUUUUAAAAAAAAAGUUUAAGCAAAAUAACCACACAAUUGUGAAUAUAACGAACCAAUAUUAUCAACAUGGAGAAAAUCAAACGGUAAAAGGCAACUUGCAAAUUAAGGAAAAUAACAAAUAUCCGGAGACUAGUGUCAUUGAAGUUUCUACAAUGACCGGUGAAAGUAAGAAUUUCCAAACAAGUAAAUAUACAAUUUUUGACAAAAAUUAUAUAAAUUAUGGUGAAACCAGUGAACAUUAUACAGGCACUACUGAAACACAAUAUUCUACCAUAAAAAACCUUCAGUCCCACCCUGAAUAUCAAAAAGGUUCAACACAGUUAGGAGAAAAUGGUAUAACUGAAGGUGAAGUAAAUUUAGAAACGCUGAAGGAAAAUGAAAAUUUCAGUCCAAGAUACACAGAAAUUAACAUUGAAAAUGAAGAAUAUGAAACUACAAAAAGAAAUAUCGAAAUCGAGGAAAAUUUAGAACAUCAACUGACUACAAUGGCUGAAAUUCAUUUGCCAGAAGUAAAUAUAUUUUCAAAAAAAACUCAUGGUGUUGAAGAACACUCAGAAACAUUCGGUCUUAGUGAACACUCUACUCACAUAAUAAAAGGAAACAUGGAAAUAAGUGAAUUAUCAACGACAGAAGAAAACAAUGUAAUUCAAGAAUAUCAGUCUUCUGAAAAUAUAUUAGAAAGUAGUGGACAUAAGUUUUAUGAACAUUUCCAAAAAGGGGAACAUAAAUUUGUUGGGAGUACUAUUGAAACUACUGCUACUACCGAAAAUAUAGAAAGUAGAACUACUGAAAAUUUCAUAACAGAUCAUAACGAAAAUGAAGAACAAGUCUUUGAAACAAAGAAUAAGAAUGAAGGUGAAAACUAUACUGAACCAUUUAUUUAUUCUUAUCCCACAAUGGAAGGGCUCAUGACAGUAGUAAAUAAUGAAAAUUUGUAUUCACAUUCCGAACAUGAGAAAUCUACAUCCUUGCAUCACACAAAAGAAAGUUUUGAAAUUAAGGAAUUUCAAACGAGUGAACAAAAUACGGAAAAUGAGGAACAUGUAUCAGAAGAAGAAAAUUUGACACCCGAAAAUGAAGGAGCUUCUGAAACUUACAAGGAAUUUGAAUAUUCGACAGCGGAAAGCGCUGAAAAUGGCCAAUAUGAAAUUUCUGCACAAGGGUCACAAACAGGUGAAAUAGAUCACGAAGAAGAGCAAUCGGAAAGUUCUGAAGAAAAUGAACAAGAAUUUCGAACAAGCGAACAAAGUACGGAAAUUGAGGAAAAUAUAGCAGGAGGAGAAUAUUUGACACCCGAAAGUGCUUCUGAAACAUCCAAGGAACUUGAAUAUUCGACAGCGAAAAGCAAUGAAAAUGGCCAAAAUGAAAUUUCUGCACAAACAAGUGAAAUAGAUAACGAAGAAGAGCAAUCGGAAAGUUCUGAAGAAAAUGAACAAGAAUUUCGAACAAGUGAACAAAGUACGGAAGUUGAGGAAAAUAUACCAGUAGAAGAAAAUUUGAUACCCGAAAGUGAACUAGCUUCUGAAACUUCCAAGGAACUUGAAUAUUCGACAGCGAAAAGCAAUGAAAAUGGCCAAAAUGAAAUUUCUGCACAAGAGUCACAAACAAGUGAAAUAGAUAACGAAGAAGAGCAAUCGGAAAGUUCUGAAGAAAAUGAACAAGAAUUUCGAACAAGUGAACAAAGAACGGAAGUUGAGGAAAAUAUACCAGAAGAAGAAAAUUUGUCACCCGAAACUGAAGUAGCGUCUGAAACCGUCAAGGAAUUUGAAUAUUCGAUUCCGGAAAGUAAUGAAAACGGUCAAUAUGAAAAUACUGCACAAGAGUCACAAAGUAGUGAAAAAGGUCACAAUGAAGAGCAAUCAGAAAGUUUUGAAAAAAACGAACAAAAAUUUCAAACAAGUGAACAAAACAUGGAAGCUGAGGAAAAUAUAUCAGUAGAAGAAAAUUUGACACCCGCAGGUGAAAUAGCUUCUGAAACCGUCAAAGAAUUUGAAAAUUCGAUUGGGAAAAGCAAUGAAAAUGGUCAAGAACCAAGAGAAAAGGGUCUCAAUGAAGAGCAGUCGGAAAGUUUUGAUGAAAGUGAACAAGAAUUUCAAACAAGUGAACAAAAUACGGAAGCUGAGGAAAAUAUGUCAGUAGAAGAAAAUUUAACAUCUGAAAGUGAAGUAGCUUCUGAAACCUUAAAGAAAUCAGAACAUUCGAUUGCGGAAGCCAGUAAAAAUGGUCAAUAUGAAACUACUGAAGAAGAGUCACAAAAUAGUGAAGAAGCUACGUAUGAGGAGCAAUCUGAAAGUCUCGAAGAAAGUGAAAAGGAGUUUCAAACCAGUGAACAAAAUACGGAAUCUGUGGAAAAUAUGUCAGUAAAAGAAAAUUUGACACCUGAAAGUGAAGUAUCUCCUAAAAAUUUUGAGGAGAUUGAAUAUUCCACAAAGGAAAGAAAUGAGAAGGGGCAAUAUGAAACUGAACAAGAGUUGCAAAGUAGUGAAAGAGGCCAAAAUGCAGAAAAAUCUGAAAAUUUUGUAGAAAAUGAACAGGUUACAACUGAACGUUCUGAAACAAAAGAAAAUAUACAAAAUGAGAUUGAAGAAUAUACGCCUGUAAAAGAAUCUUCGGAAAUGCCUACGGAAUAUUCCCAAGAGGAAAUCUCUGAAUAUAUUGAAAGCCAGGAAACUAACUUAGUAGAAAUUCCCACAACCGAAGAAAACAAAGAAAAUGAUGAAUAUAUGUCAGAAACUAAUUAUUUAUUUUCUAAAGAAGGAAAUCAUCAGUUAAUGACCGAAGAACUCCACACAACUAAAAGUAUUACGGAAAUUGAGGAAAAUGUGUCUCAAGAAGAAUAUUCUACACCAGAGAAUGUAUAUCUGUAUUCCAACCAAAAAAAAACUUAUAUAAGCAACCAACCCCAAACAGAAUACAAUCAAAAUACAGAAAAUUAUGAAUAUCAUACUAUGGAACACCAUUUUUAUACUGAACAACAAAAAUCAGAAUCAGAAAAUCCACUGACUAGUAUGACUGUGACAGAAGAAAACUAUGAAAAUGAGAGAUUUCAAAGUACUGAACAUAAAAUGCUUACAUUUGGAACUCAAGGUGAAGAAAUACAUGAAAAUUUUCAUCCUAGUGAACAAUCCAUUUUAAGUUUAUAUUCUGAGAAAAAGGAAAAGACAGAAGGUGAGGUUCUCCAAAGCAGUGAAAUUAGUGAAAUUGAGGAAAAUUUCGAAUUGACUUUUGCAAUUGCUACAACGGAAGAAAACAAUGGAACUGAGGAAUAUUACCAUCCUGAAAAUACAACUCUUUAUAAAAAAUAUGGAAAAUAUGGUGAAAAAGUUUCGGAAAGUUUCGAACCAAGUGAUCAUACUAUCUUCCAUUUGUAUUCUAAAGGUCAUUAUAAGAUAGAAGAAAUAGUUACAAGUAGUGAAAGUAGUGAAAUUGAAGAAAAUUUUGAACAUCUAAUGAGUUCUGCAAUGGAUUUGACGGAAGGACAUAUUGAAACUGAGGAAUAUUAUAAUCCUGAAAAUACAACUCUUUAUAAAAAAUAUGGAAAACAUGGUGAAAAAGUUUCGAAAAGUUUCGAACCAAUGAAAGUAGUGAAACUGAAGAAAAUUUUGAACAUCUAA